AAGGAGACAAGCAGAGAAAGAGGACGACAGCAGUCGGACAGUUAAGAUCUGUCCAUACCAAGGCAGGCAAAAAUGAAGCUUCUUAGCUUUCUUUUCUUGGCUUCCAUGGUGGCCAGAAGCAGUCAGUUAACGUGUCUAAGUGACCUUCGACGUCCAGAACCCACUGACAUCUCCGUUGAAUGUGGCACUUCCUCGAUGAGCUUGGCUAUCCAAAUCUGCCCUGUCGUCUACACUGGCUACAAUGAGUCUUUGCUCAUCCUCAACCACAUGUUCGAGAAGCCGGAGUGUAAAGGAACCUUGGAUGAAUCUGCCAGCCCACCUGUUGUCAGGUUCACCUUCCCCCUCAACAUGACCAACGCCUGCGGCAGCACUUUCCUGACCACCAGUGCAGCUGGCACAGGGAUCUUUGCUGACUUCUCCAACAUCCAGACAGUUAAUAUCAGUGGCGUGGUGCGCUCCCAUGAUCCAACCACGGGGGUAGUCACCUAUAAUGCUGAGCUCAAAUAUUAUUACUCCUGUGCUUACCCUCUGGAGUAUCUCAUCAACAACACCCAGGUGGACGUGUCAGCAUCUUCCAUUGCAGUGAGGGACAACAAUGGAAGCUUCAUCAGCACUUUAAGCAUGGAACUCUUCAGCGAUGACCAAUACACCAAUCCUCUGGUCAUACCAUCACUGGGCUUAGAGCUGAGAACAGAUGUCUAUGUCCAAGUCCAAGCAGCCAACCUGACUGAUCAGUACCACGUGCUGCUGGACAGAUGCUAUGCUUCCAUCUCUCCUCAUCCCACCAACUCCACUUUCUUCAACCUGUUUGUCUCGUGCUCUAGGGAUCAGAUGACCACCAUGAAAGAGAAUGGGGACAGUCACAACGCCCGCUUCUCCUUCCCGGCCUUCAGGUUUGUCGAACAGCAGAACGAGACAGUGUCCACCUACUACCUGCACUGUAUCACCAGGCUUUGUGAGAUCAGCACCUGCAAUGACUUUAAGCAAUGUAACAACAGGAGGAAAAGGGAUGUUUCUUCCACUGGUAUUUCAGAGGCCACCACCCUAUCCUCAGCCAUUCCCAUUGUCACCAGAAAUGGGAAUUCGCUGACAUCUAAAGAGCAAGCUGAUUCCAGCAGUGACUCGGAAUCCAGAAUGGGUCUCGGUAUAGCUGUGGGCAUCCUCACUCUGGCCGUCAUUAUGAUUGGAGCUGCAGCAGUUGUCCUCUACAAAAGGACCACACACUUUUAAAGGAGAACAGGCACCUGUCUGCACCGCUCUGGACAAGCUUACCUGUUGGAUGAACGGGUGUACAGCAGCAACCUUUGCCGCAAGCCCUGUGGGGUAAAACUAAGCUCAAUUUAAAAAAUACUCUUAAUGUGUUUUUUCUCAUGUAGCAUGUAAAUGUGUGGUUUAGUGGUCCUGUGGUUGUAGUUGGACUGGAAGUUUGGUAAUUUGGAAUGCAAUAUGAAGAGUAAGAAUCUUUGCACAAAGAGAUGCUUUACUCAUUGGAGUAGACAUGCUGCAUUAUGUGAUGAAAAGCUUAAGUGUUAUGCACUGCUGCUCUUUGGCUUGGAAAAGCAUAAAAGGAAACAGCUAGUUUGUAGUUAGGGUAACAAAAUUAUCUAGGGCAUUUUGAGACAUUUUAUUAGCAGACACAAAUGUACGAGUACUAAUCUACGCAGAAAGUGCAAUUGAUAUUGCAUUAUACUGAGUUUUAUAAAAUCCAAACCAAAUUAGUGACGCUGAUUGAGUGUUUUCAGGUCACAUGUUACAAGCAAAGUUUGACAUGAGUUUUGAGGGUUAAGCCAUUGAUCAAUUAAUUGUUUUCGUUAUGUAUUCGUUUUUGUUUUUUUUUGCAUUAUACCAAUUCAUUUUGACAUUCAAAUAUGCCUGGGCAGUUAUCGUUACUUUACAUAAUUGGACUGACAUUUUCUAAAUCAAUCUGAUGAGAGAACCUUUAAUAUUGAUCAUGUUUGGUGUUUCUCUCUCUCUCUCUCUCUCUCUCUCUCUCUCUGUUGGAAUAAUUGUUUAAAGUUAAUUACAAUGUUAGCAGAAUAGGACAGGAAAUGGGUGUAUAUAUAACAAAGAAUAAAAGUUAAUCAUGAUGUCUUAAGCUCUUUCAACUGACAAAGUGUAUAUUGGAUGUUUUAGCUUUUUAUGCAUUGAUGAGGUUGCAAACCAGAACGGUGAUUCUGACUGAGGACAUGCAUCUAUUUCCCCCUCAUCUUUGUUUGUCCAUGACCUAAAUCCCAGUUAUUUAAGGCACACAUGUACAGAAGAUGUUUCUAGUUUUACAGCAGGCCUAAGACCACAAAGGAGGUUCACAUAUCACUGAAACCAGACACUGUCACUUUCUUUACAACCUGUUCUUUCACCUGACCUUUGUGAGGACUCACUAAUACAAAAACACUGCAUACAAUAAAGAAACUCCCACACUG